GAAGUCGGACCUGUAGAGCAGCGUGAUCAACAGAUAAAAGUCCUGCUGUUUAGGAGAAAAAGAAGUUUUGUUAAACUGUGAAUAAAUCUAGAUUGCAUAGAUUAGUAUCUAUUUUAUAUUUACUUUUUUGUUUUUAUCUGUGUUUUAAUCUACAGUACAGAAAAUACCCGUAAUAUAGGUAUUAAAUAUAUUAAACACAGACAGACUGAAACUGCAGUGUGUGGCCAUGUGGUUCAUCCUCAGCCCAGCUUCAGCGUUCUCUAACAGAACUUGUGUUUAAUGGUUAAACAUGUUCUAGGCUUAGUUCUGGUUCUGAGAUGGACUGUGAGAGGCCGGCUGAAGAUCACGGCACUCGACAGAACGGAGGAGCCGGGGAGGGCGGUGAAGCAGCGGGGGCUGAGAGUGAGGGAGACCGGGAGAGGAGCAGGGAACCCCGUGUGAACAUCAGCCUGGUCGGGGGCACUCCUCUACUGUGGAGAGCAGGCGACAUCCGGAGAGUCCGGGAGGAGGACGGGGUGGUCGGGGCGCUGGUGGGCUCGCUGGCCAGGCAGCCGAGGCAGAAUGUGCGGCUGGGGAGACCGCUGGAGAUCCUGCAGGAGGAAGCCAGUCUGCUGCUGGAGAGAGGCAGGGCUGCUGUACAACACACACACAACCAGGAAGAUGAAGAAAGCCAUGUGAAGGCUGUUGAGGCAUACCAGUCCAGACUGGAGCACAGUUAUGAGGAGCAGUGUGUUCUCGCCCUCGAGGACAAGAAGGCGGUUCUGCAGAGAGUAAUGAAUGCAAAACAGAACGAUCACACAUGUGACGAGGGCACAGAGCAGGCAAUGAGAGAGCGGCUCAGCUCCCUGCAGAAAGGCUUCACGUUACCACGCUCCGCCAUGGCAGUGCAGCUCUGCACCGCCCGUGCUGGCUUCGGUCACUGUCCCGAAGAAGCUGCUUUCCUGGCUGCUGAUUGGCCAAUGCCCAGAGAUGAGCGGUCUGAGACAAGGUUCAGAGUGUAUAGAGAUCUGAGGGGGAGGGGCUUCUACCUCACAGCAGCAGGGAAGUUUGGUGGAGAUUAUCUAGUGUAUCCAGGUGAUCCACUGCGUUUCCAUGCGCACUUCAUUGCUCUGUGCCUGUCGAUGGUUGAACAGUUGCCACUGUGUGAUGUUCUGGCUGUGGCUCGGCUCGGUUCUAAUGUGAAGAAAACAGUGCUGCUGUGCUCCCCACGGGACAGUGGAGUGGAGGGGGAGGUUGUGUAUUCAUCUCUGCAGUGGAGUGGAAUGGUUUAGUGUCUAAAGUUUUUUCAGACACUCAGCUGUUCAUGAACUAAUAAAACAUAAAAAGAAAAAAAAAUCAGACCAGAGGAUCUAUUAGCUUGUGAUAUGGAACUCAGUCAGUGUGGGGGGAGUGCCUUUUGCAGGUUUGUUAACUAUAACAAUAAAUAAAACAUUAUUUUUUUGUA